AUGGCGUUCACAGCUCAAAGCGGCCUGCUCAAGUUCGGCUUUAUCAUCACAGUCUUUCUAUUCUUCUGUGGUCUCGUUGCCCUUGGAUCUCUCGCCAAAUAUGCUAGCCAAACUGUGGAGGUUAGGAACCAGGACGAUUACAAGGUCUGCCUCAUCUUUUUGUCACAAGAGAAGCAACGCCCAGGAAUGUGUACCUUUGCAGACACCGCCAGUGCCCUCAUUUCGGUUGUCGCGGCGUGUCUGUUUGCGAUGGACUUUGUCACAUGGAAGAAGAGCGAGAAUUACAAGGGCAGACGCGCCUCUAUGACUAGCUUAUUCCUAGCCCCAGCAAUGUGCGUCCUCUCCUUCUGUGCAGCCAUCACCCUCGCACUCGGCAUCAAGUCAACCAUGAAGCACGCCGAGGAGGUCUCCCCUGGCUCGACCUACCCUGGUUUGAAGGGUAUCUACACUGGCAUCUCGUGUGUUGCCCUUGCCGGUUUAUUCUUUGCCAUUUAUGCCUCAAGCGAGUUCAUCCAGUACCGUCGUCGACACGUCAACGGAGACAAGGUACGUUUGCGCUCAAAGGAGAGGGAAAUGUCUGCCUUGGUGUUGUUUUAA